GGAAUGCCUGUCCCCCUGGAGCAGCUUUCUUGGCCUGGGAGCUGAGAGGAGGUGCUGGCAGGUGCCCCAAGACCCCCUGCCCCAGAGAGCAGGUUGAGCCCCAGCGCUGGGCACUGGCUGCUCCAGGGCUCCCUGCCAGGCUUGCAGAGGUCUGAGGAACCAGUGGCCGGGCUGCCAUCGCAGGUACAGUGACAUCCAUAAAAAGGAAACCAAGGGGAAAGCAGUAAAAAAAAAAUUCUUCAGCAACUCCUGCCUCUAGACCCUGGCCUCGCUCAGCUGCUGGGUUCUCCUUCUCUGCUUUUUCCAUUGGAUCCAGCUCGAUGGUAAUCUGAACCGAGAAACAUGAAGCUGCGAGACUUUCUGCUCACUCUCCUGCUGCCGGCCGGCUUCCUGUGGGAAGGCUCAUGUGCUCAGCGCCCAGAAAUCAUCACCCAAGUCUCAAGCGCAGAAGACUGCCCUGUGGACCUGUUCUUCGUCCUGGACACCUCAGAGAGUGUUGCCCUGAGAGUGAAACCCUUUGGGGACCUGGUUACACAAGUGAAAGAUUUCACCAACCGGUUCAUUGAUAAGCUGACGAGGAGGUACUACCGCUGCGACCGGAACCUGGUGUGGAACGCAGGAGCACUGCACUACAGCGACGAGGUGGUGCUCAUCAAGAGCCUCACGCCAAUGCCCAGCGGGCAGAGCGAGCUCAAGAACCGCGUGUCAGCCGUCAACUACAUCGGGAAGGGCACCUACACCGACUGUGCCAUCAAGCGCGGCAUCGAGGAGCUGCUCAUCGGUGGUUCCCAUCACAAGGAAAAUAAAUACCUGAUUGUGGUGACUGAUGGACAUCCCUUGGAAGGCUACAAGGAGCCCUGCGGAGGCCUGGAUGAUGCCGCCAAUGAAGCCAAACUCCUGGGGAUCAAAGUGUUCUCUGUUGCCAUCUCACCCAACCACUUGGACCAGCGGCUGAACAUCAUCGCCACGGACCACGCCUACCGCCGCAACUUCAGGGGGGGGGGGGGGGGGGGGGGCGCCUACCGCCGCAACUUCACCGCCACCAGCCUGAAGCCCACCCGGGAGAUGGAUGUGGAGGAGACCAUCAACACCAUCAUCGACAUGAUUAAACUCAACACGGAGCAAUCGUGCUGCUCCUUCGAGUGCCAGCCUCCCCGAGGGCCCCCCGGACCUCCUGGUGACCCUGGCCAUGAGGGAGAACGAGGCAAGCCAGGUCUUCCCGGCCAGAAAGGAGAGGCUGGAGACCCAGGCAGGCCAGGAGACAUGGGACCUGUUGGCUACCAAGGAAUGAAGGGUGACAAAGGAAGCCGAGGAGAAAAGGGCUCAAGGGGAGCCAAAGGAGCCAAGGGUGAGAAAGGCAGACGUGGAAUCGAUGGCAUUGAUGGCAUGAAGGGUGAAGCUGGAUACCCUGGAUUACCUGGCUGCAAAGGCUCACCUGGAUUCGAUGGAGCUCAAGGCCCACCCGGACCCAAGGGAGAUCCUGGUGCUUUUGGACCCAAGGGCGCCAAGGGGGAGCCUGGUAAUGACGGAAAGCCCGGCCGACAGGGGAUUCCUGGCAACCCUGGAGAGAAGGGUGCUCCUGGGAACCGGGGUGAGCCUGGACCGGCAGGAGAGACUGGUGACGAGGGUGCUCUAGGUGAGGAUGGUCCUCCUGGAGAACGGGGCAGCAAUGGAGAGAGGGGACCCCCGGGUUCGCCAGGUGAACGCGGGCCAAGAGGACAGCCGGGAGAGCCUGGACCAUCUGGUGACCAAGGGCGGGAAGGACCCCUUGGACCACCCGGCGACCAGGGUGAGCCUGGACCCCCAGGACCCAAAGGCUACAGAGGAGAUGACGGCCCCCCCGGCAGUGAGGGCCCGAAGGGACUGCCUGGAGCACCUGGGCUGCCUGGGGACCCUGGGCUGAUGGGAGAAAGGGGGGAGGAUGGUCCUCCUGGGAAUGGCACAAUUGGAUUUACAGGUGCCCCAGGGCAGCCAGGAGACAGAGGCAACCCUGGCAUUAACGGAACAAAAGGCUAUGUCGGACCUAAAGGUGAUGAAGGGGAAGCUGGUGACCCUGGCAAUGAUAACCUGAUCCCUGGGCCCAGUGGCAUCAAAGGAGCAAAGGGCCACAGGGGACGUGAAGGUCCCCCGGGACCGCCAGGACCCGUGGGGCCUCCAGGACCAGAUGAAUGUGAAAUCUUGGACAUCAUCAUGAAGAUGUGUUCUUGCUGCGAGUGCACCUGUGGUCCCGUCGACCUCCUGUUUGUGUUGGACAGCUCAGAGAGCAUUGGCCUGCAGAACUUCCAGAUUGCCAAGGACUUCAUCAUCAAAGUCAUUGACCGCUUGAGCAAGGAUGAGAGGGUCAAGUUUGAAGCUGGGGAGUCCCGUGUGGGCGUUGUGCAGUACAGCCAUGACAACACGCAGGAGCUGGUGGCCAUGGGGGAUGCCAACAUCGACAACAUCGGGGCGCUCAAGCAGGCAGUCAAGAACCUGCAGUGGAUCGCCGGGGGCACCUACACUGGGGAGGCCCUGCAGUUCACCAAGGACAACCUGCUGCGGAGGUUCACGUCCGACAAGCGCGUGGCCAUCGUCAUAACGGACGGGCGCUCUGACACCCUGCGGGACCCCACCCCACUCAACUCCCUGUGCGAUGUCACCCCGGUGGUUUCCCUUGGGAUCGGUGACAUUUUCCGGAACCCUCCAAAUCCAGAUCACCUGAAUGACAUCGCUUGUUUAAGCAGACCAACCAGGCCAGGACUGUCCAUUCAAAGGGACAACUAUGCCGAGCUCCUGGAUGACACCUUCUUGCAGAACAUCACCUCGUAUGUCUGCCAAGAGAAAAAAUGUCCUGACUACACCUGCCCAAUCACCUUCACCGGGCCAGCAGACAUCACGCUGCUGGUGGACAGCUCCACCAGUGUGGGGAGCAAGAACUUUGAGACCACCAAGAAGUUUGUGAAGCAGCUGGCAGGGCGGUUCCUGGAGGCUGGCAAGCCGGCCGAUGAUUCUGUGCGCAUCUCGGUGGUGCAGUACAGCGGCCGGAACCAGCAGAAAGUGGAAGCUCAGUUCCAGUACAACUACACAGUCAUUGCCAAGGCCAUCGACAGCAUGGAGUUCAUGAACGAUGCCACAGACGUGAACUCCGCUCUGCAGUUCAUCACGGAGCUGUACCGGCGCUCUGCCCGCGCCGCAGCCAAGAAGAGGGUGCUGGUGUUUUCUGAUGGACACUCCCAAGGGAUCACCGCCAGGGCCAUCGAGAGGGCUGUGCAGGACGCACAGAGGGCUGACAUUGAGAUCUACGUGCUGGCAGUGGGCAGCCAAGCCAAUGAGCCCAACAUCCGUGUCCUGGUCACAGGGAAGAGCACGGAUUAUGAUGUGGCUUACGGGGAGCGGCACCUUUUCCGCGUGCCCGACUACACUUCUCUGCUGCGUGGUGUCUUCUACCAAACUGUCUCCAGGAAGAUAGCUGUUGACUGAGCAUCUGGGUGGGUUUCUGCCAAGACCAUAGCUGCUUCUGUCUCACCUAAAAAGGAAAACCAAUAGAGCAAAAAAAAAAAAAAUUAACAAUAUUCUUGACCAGCCUGAGGAAUUUACAUCUAUGCAGAUAGCCAUAGUGCCACAGUCUGGCUGUACACAGUCCCCUUCCUUCUCCCUCUGCUUCGUCAUCUGUGUCUCUACUCUGUUAGCCUCAAAUUCCCUCACUGCCCAUGACUGCCCUCCCUCUCCACAGCAGGAAAACACAAGCACACCUAGCAAUAAGCAUCAGAAAACAAAUACCAACCUCAUCCCACUGUGUUUUACCCAAGAAAGAAUCAGGAUGAGGACUUCUGUACCACUAAGAUCUAGCCUGGUCUCUUAAGGCUGAUUAUACUCUUUUUAGCUACCUUUAUUUUUUUUUUUAAAUUUCCUUCUUGCUUUCACACAUCAGUUGAGCACUUGCCCAGCUCACAAUGAUCCUAACCUAAUGCUGUGCUUCGAGUGAAAUAGUCAUUCUUCAGCAAGCUUUAAGAGGGGAUCAUUGUCACAGCUGGCAAGUUGGGCUUGUGUUUCACUUGGGGAGGAGGGAGGGCUGGACUGCACUACCCAUGCUGUGUGCAAGCAUCUCUGACCUCUAGGGCUGGGGCAUGGGACACUCAAUUCCCAGGGUUGGUGGAGCAUCCCUCGGCACUGACGCUCCCGUUCAGGGCAGGGAGGCUGGACACCAACCAAAGGAAAGAUGGGCAGCAGCCUUUGAGGAGGGAGGAAACCCUAAAAGAAGCUACAUAACUGCACUCCUUCACUUACUGAUCACAUGGUCCUACAGUGAAACCAGGAACCUCAUGAAUAACCUGAUGACUUGUUUUAUGGUUCAAGCUACAUUCUGGAAAAUCUCUCUGAGCCCAGUUAGUGGGAUUUUUUUUUAAUUUUUUAAAUUUUAUUUUAUUUUAAAAGAGCCAAGCUGACUUUUUCCCAGGGAGCUCUCUUAGAGUACUUUCUAUAGGACCAUCUUGGAGUUAGGCACCUGGGCCCUAGGGAAACCCACUAACUGCACUAUACAUUGAAUUAAGGCCUCAUCCUCAGCCCAGCAAAGUGAAGGCAAAGGCUGCCAUCAUCUCCCAGGGUCUUUGACUCACACUCUACAGACAUAUUGACAAAGGUGCUAUCACUUAUGUGGGUGAUGUGGGCCCUUGGUGUUUACACAGUUGUUUCCAGGACCACACUGAAAAUGUGGUUUCGCUGAGUGACAUUUUGUUUCAGCACUUCUACUGGUGCUCUUGCUAUGAAUUCAUGCACUUCAGAGAAACCUACAGCGACUGCCAGGUACCAGCACCCCAAACUCUUUACUUUGUAUCCAAAACCCCAUUGUACCAGUUAGUUUUAUUUUAUGCCUGUGUUUUACUAAAACUGUCCACUUCGGAAAUUUGUCAAAUAAACUGUUUUUCACAGUC